AAGAGGUUUGCGAGGAAGAAGUUAAUCAUGAAGCUAUCAGUUGCUUUUUUCCGCUCUCGUGUUCUGCACCGAGGUCUAGUUCUUUUAUUCCUGAUUCUGCGGCAAGUGGACAUGUGUCACCAAGUUUGCGGGGUCUAUGUAUACGAUGCAACUUUGGAUGCAGCUUCGUUCCAGCAGUGGUUGCGCGAAACUGAUGUUUCAGAGAGUAGGCACCAUUCACACGUGUUCAACUGGGUGCAGUUCAAACGUACUUGGUGUGGAGCAUCACUGAAAAUUGUUCAGCUGGAACAGUUCAGCACAGCAUUGGUCUGUCAUCUGCGUGUUGUGCAACUUCUACAUCUGAAGAGGUUUGCGAGGAAGAAGUUAAUCAAGAAGCUAUCAGGUAAUCCACAACAUGGAACAUGGGACAGAUGAACAGGCUGAAACAGCAACUGCUGCAGACGAGGUAGACAUGCCUGCCAUUGCUGCGAGAAGCUCAGACGCAACAGUGGAUAUCGAGAGUGACAUCAGUUCUGAGGAGGAUUCAGACCCAGCUAGCAGCUCCAGUGGGUCAGACCAGGGUGUCGGA